CAAAGGACUACAACUGCUCCGUCUGCUUUGACAUCGUAUCAUCUGCCAGCAAUAAAAAAUAAAGAACGAAACAAAAUGACACAGAAAAAGGUUGCACCAACAGUCCAAACUGUUGAAGGAAACAUGCCUCCAAGCUAUGAAGAGGCAAAUGCAGGAUGUCCUGGUUACUACUAUGAAGGAACUUUUUCCUGGGAUGACAUGUAUAUUAGACGUGUUUUUAUACGAAAGGUUUAUUCAAUUCUGAUUCUGCAGCUCUUUUCAACAGUAGCAGUUAUUGCUCUCUUCACAUUCUAUGCUCCAGUGAGGAUAUACAUUCAAACACAUCCUGUUUUAUACUCCAUGUCCAAUCUUCUGUUUCUUGCCACAUAUAUCUCAUUGGUUUGCUGCGGUGAUUUGAGGAGGAAGUUUCCAUGGAAUUUUAUUCUGCUUACAAUUUUUACUCUGAGCAUGGCUUGCAUGUUGGGUUUUAUCUCUAGUUUCUACAACACCAAGUCUGUAGUGCUGUGCAUUGGCAUCACUGCCACAGUGUGUCUGUGUGUCACCAUCUUCAGCUUUCAGAGCAAGAUUGACAUCACCUCUUUCCAAGGUCUUCUCUUCAUUCUGUGUAUGGUCAUGUUUUUCUGUGCUAUUGUCAUGGGAUUUGUGGUUCCCUUUGGCUAUGUUCCCUGGUUACAUGCGGUCUACGCCAGCAUAGGAGCUGUUGUCUUUACCAUGUUUCUCGCCUUCGAUACACAGCUGCUGAUGGGGAACAAGCAAUACGCAAUGAGUCCAGAAGAAUAUAUCUUUGCAACACUCAGUCUCUACCUGGAUAUUGUGUACUUGUUCACGUUCCUGCUGCAGUUGUUUGGUAAUGGUAGAGAAUGA